AUGUCUCUUGAAAAUGGGAAAUGGCCCAGGUUGAGAAAAGAAGAAGAAGAAGAUGGCGAGAAGGAUGUCCGUCUUCUGACCGCGUCUUCAAGUCGUUUCCUUAAUCUGCCCCCGGAAUUGCGAUAUGAGAUUUAUAAAUUCGUCUUCUCCUCAACGAUACUGAAUUUCUACUUCAGAAUAAAUACAAAUAGACACAAGACCUUCAAGAGAUUAGCGCUUCUUCUCACCUGUCGUCAGGUCCAUUCGGAGAUCGGGUCGCUAUGGGUGCGCCUCGCUCUGUUCAAUUUCGAGCGCAUCGAUGUUAUGAUGGAGACCCUAGCUAAGCUGCCGGAGGCAACGUUAUCACAAGUCCGGUACGCUCGAACCUUGGGAAACAGCGCCAUUCUCCAUACCCCGGUAGUCGAUCACGAUGACCAUAAUGACGACGGGUUCGACGAUGUCAGUAUCAGCAACUCGGAAAUGGUACUUCCGUGGGAAUGCAGCAUCACGCUAGCAAUGAAGCUUCUGCCAACAUUACGUCUCCGCCGACUGACUAUUCUGACGCCCUAUACCGGUGAACUUGCGUAUAAGGGAGUCGAAGAUCUCGUCCAGGAGGGAUCCGGAUGGAGGGAAUUGUAUUUCGUCACGCGUGAUUCGACCAUAUUCGGAUACGAAGGGGAGGAAGAUUUCGAAGAUGCCUGCGUGCGCCUGCCCCAGCCCGCGGUCUGGAAUAGCAUUCUCAGGAGCCGGGACGGCAUAUGCUCGGAAGGGUCCGUUACCAUCUAUCGUACUCUCACGCCAAACCCCGCACCGGGGACAGUCAUGAAGCGAAAUUUGAGACAAGCCUUUGAGCAGGAGGUACCCUCCGACGACGACGAGUGGGACGAGUAUGGUGAAGAGGAGGACUUAUACAUCAUGUCCGAAGCGGAGAGGACGAAGGAAGUGCUCGUCAUCGUCAAACGUGGGCCUCACGUAAAUAUUGGCGUCCAAAGCAAACCCGAGUGGCUCUUUGGGAAGACCUGGGCACACGUGCAACAACGGAAUCCGAAUCCCUCGCGUGAACACGCUGAGCACACAUGUCUGGAAGAGCUCGAUUGGGACGAGGACUGGAACAGGCAACCAGGAACACGCUACCGAUGUUAUACUUUCAUCUAUUUCGCGGAGAUUCGGCAUUAUAGGGAUUAG